AUGACACACCAGGCCCCACCCACACUCCUGCGGCUGGCAAAACAGAGUCUGUUGAGGGAGGAGGCCUUGGCCAUUUCUGCUCUGGAGGACCUGCCCAUGGAGCUCCUCCAAGCAGUGUUGGAGGAGGCCUUCACCAAGAGAGACCCAAAGAUCCUGAAGGCCAUUGUGUCUUCCUGGCCCUCCCCAUGCCUCUCUGUAGGAGCCCUGAUAGUGGACAGCAGACUGGAUGUAUUGAAGGCUGUGCUUGAGGGAGUGCAUGUCCUGACUGCACAGAAGGGUCCCUCCAGGCGCCAACUCAGAGUGCUCGAUUUGCGGAAUGCGCCCCAUGACGCUUGGAGUCUAAUUGCUGGAUCCUUUGAAGAUGAGUGUUUACCAAAGCUCAUGACACAGAAGCCGCCAGUGGAGAGCUGUCCUGACUCUGGGCUGAAGAGUUCUUUGAAGGUGAUAGCUGAUCUCAAGCUCCAGGACAGGAAGCUGGAUGAAUGGGACGCAUGCUUGCUGCAGUGGGCCCGUCAGCACCAAGGUUCCACUCAUCUCUGCUGCAGAAAGCUGCUGAUUUGUGACCAGCCCAGCCCCACUCUCACAGACAUAUUCAAGUCUGUAGAUCCAGCCUGUAUCCAGGAGUUUCAUCUGACUUGUCUGUGUACGGAAGAGUUGGCUUUUCUUGAACCUUACCUGGAGCAGAUGAAAAAUCUUUCCACGCUCACACUAGGACUCUUUGUCUACCCGUUCCCUACGGACUAUCCUCAAGAGCUCAUAGGGAGAAUAUAUGUGUUGAGCUUUCAGUUGUCCCAACUCCACUGCCUGCGGAAUCUCUGUUUAAAUAACUUAAAAGCUGUUUAUGUCCCCGCAGUACACUUUAUCAGGUGCCUGGAGAAGCCCUUGGAGACCCUGUCAAUCAUUUGCUGCCACCUCUCACAGGCAGACUUGGACUACCUGCCCCACUGCCUGACCGUUGGUGAGCUCAAACAUCUGGACCUGAGUGCCACACGUUUGGGUGGUUUCUUUGUUAAGCCUCUUGGGCUUCUCCUUGAGCGAGUUAGAGGCACCCUGCAAACCUUGAAUAUGGGCUGGUGUUCUAUGCGGGACUCUCAGGUCUGUGACCUCCUGUCUGGCCUGAGCCAAUGCUCCCAGCUCACCAAGGUCAGUUUCGCUGGUAAUAAACUCUCUCUGCCUGCCCUGAAGCAACUCCUGCACCACACAGCCAGGCUGAGCCAGCUGAGCCAGGAGCUGUAUCCCGCCCCUCUGGAUUGCUAUGAUGACAUGGGUGAUAUUCGCAGAGACAAAUUUGUCCUAGUUUGUCCUGAUCUCCUGGAUAUACUCAGGGCUAAAAGGCAACCUAAGAGCGUCUGUUUUAAUAGAAACCGAUUAUUUUACUCUUAUGGGUUCUUGGUCUAUGACCUGGAGACUUAA